GUCGCAUAGCGUCAUGACGUAUGUUUAAAUACGUAAUGAGACGGCGCGCUAGUUACUAGUUGGAUUGUAUGGAUUUGUGUCUGAAACUAUCGUGUUAAAGAUAUACGAUGCCUGAAGCAAGAUGAGUCCGCCAAGGUGUCGGUUACCGGUCUUUGUCCAGGUUCCCCGUCUCUGGUGGCCAUCUUGUCCUGAGGUACCGAAGCGGACACCUGUGGUGGUGCUGGGAUUAUUUGAAAGACAGUUUUAAAGGGGGGGAGGAGGAGGAGGAGGAGGAAGGAAGGCGGCGGUCGGGCGGACAGAGCAGAGCAGAGUGGGCAGUGUAAAAAAUAUGCCUGAAUGGAGGUCGCGCUGGAGACUCGUCCUGCUGAACUCAUUGACAUGCGGCCUGGAGAUCUGCGUUGCCGCGGGAAUCACCUACGUGCCGCCCCUGCUGCUGGAGGCGGGGGUGGAGGAGCGCUACAUGACCAUGGUGCUAGGUAUCGGGCCGGUGCUGGGCCUGCUGUUCGUGCCGCUGAUCGGCUCGGCCAGUGACCACUGCAGCAGCAGCUACGGCCGUCGCUGGCCCUUCAUCUGGCUGCUGUCUCUGGGCGUGCUGCUGGCGCUGAUGCUGAUCCCGCACGCCGACGCGCUGGCCGCCUACUUCUGGGGCGGCCGCACGCUCCACGUGGCCCUGCUCAUCCUGGGCGUGGGCCUGCUGGACUUCUGCGGCCAGCUGUGCUUCACCCCGCUGGAGGCGCUGCUGUCGGACCUGUACCGCGACCAGGAGGACUACAGCCAGGCCUUCGCCAUGUUCUCCUUCAUGGUGAGCCUGGGCGGCUGCAUCGGCUACCUGCUGCCCGCGCUGGACUGGAGCCGGGGCCUGCUGGCGGCCUACCUGGGGGGCCAGGCCGAGUGCCUCUUCUCCCUGCUCAUCUGCAUCUUCCUGCUCAGCGUCCUGGUCACCAUGAAGGCAGCCGAGGAGAUGGGGCCCAGGGCGGGGGCCGGCAUGGGCAUAGGCAAGGGCAUGGGGGUGUCGCUGGCCUGCCCCUCCUCGGGGACGCUCGGGGAGCCCGGUGGCGGGGGGCCCCUGCAGACGGGACACUGGCUGGCCGCCUGCUCCUGCUGCUACCUGCUCAGGUGCAAGUUCCGGCUGCUGAGGUCGGGCGCGCUGCUGCUGUGUCUGCUGCAGACGUGCUGGUCCAUGACGCCGGCCAUCUACCGCAGCUACUGCCACGUGCCGCGGGUGAUGCGGCAGCUGUGCGCGGCGCAGCUCUGCAGCUGGAUCGCCGUCAUGUCCUUCAUGCUCUUCUACACCGACUUCGUGGGAGAGGGCCUGUACGAAGGGGUUCCCAGCGCCGCACCCGGCACCACCCAGAGGCAGCGCUACGACGAAGGCAUUCGAAUGGGCAGCCUGGGCCUUUUCCUGCAAUGUGCUACCUCAACCUUCUUCUCCCUGCUGAUGGGCCGGCUGGUGUGGCUGUUCGGCUCGCGGCUGGUCUACGUCAGCAGCAUGGUGUGCUUCACCGUCUCGGCGCUCACCAUCUGCCUGUCCAAGAACGUGGUGUUGGUCACCACCAUGUCGGCCAUGACGGGCUUCGCCUACGCCACGCUGCAGACCCUGCCCUACACCCUCACGUGCCAGUACCACAAAGACAAAGAGGUUUACAUGCCAAAAGAAAAAAAUAACACUAUAAACAAGAACAGUGUCACACUCACAAGGCUCUCCGUGCAUCUGAAAGUGGACGAUGACCACGAUGAUCUCUUGAACCACAAGCCUGCCAACGGCGUGAACGGACACGCCUAUUUUAGCAGGGACAUAUCAGAGUACUACACCCCACAGCACUGCCAGACUACUGGCUACCCACCCGACAGCCUGGAGCAGCAGCAGCAGCAGGAGGAGCGAGAGGAGCGGGGCGUGGGCCUGGACUUUGCUAUACUGGACAGCACCUUCCUCUUGUCACAAGUCUUCCCAACGCUCUUCAUGGGCAUGAUAGUGCAAUUGACAGAAUCAGUUACUGCAUACAUCGCCUGCUCCGCCAUCUUUGGCGGAAUUGCCAUUUGCCUGGCAAACCACGUCAUUUUUGACCAAAAAGACCUGAGAUGCUAACUACCUACCUAGCCGUAUCGUGCCUACCAGUGCAUAUUGCAUUUAUCUUCAGGGGGUAAGCUUCAAUGGAGUUUGAGUUACAUUAGUAGUAUUCAAUUCCUGUACGUUUCAAAACUCUGGUGCUGUGAGUGCGUUUGAAAAGACUUUUGUAAACGGUUCAAUAAAGCUUACAAGUACCCUGA